AUGUUGGCAGCAUUGCUUCUCGCUUUCGGGCUCACCGCACACGCAGUGCCGUUCGAACGACGACAAGCAGCACCAUCAGACGUGCCAGACUAUGUAACCAAAUAUGCACCAAUCGUACACCUCUUCUCGGCGGAGUCUUAUUUUCCUUCCGACAUUGGAGCUCAGCUCGCAAACACAAAAGCAUACAUAAACUUGACUUCCGCGGAUAGUGGACCAUCAACGCUGACACUCGACAACCUCAAUGAUCUGAAUAAUCUUGCGAACUCGAGCGAUGGCAAGAAUGUCUAUCUCACCUCCAUCUACGAUCCCACCACUGACCCACGACCUCAAUACCUCUACGGCGUAAAGCCUGACAGCAAUGGCAAGACUGACAAUGCCAUCAGUUCAGCCAUCAUCACCGUCGACAAAGGCAACAAUACAUUAGACGUAUUCUACUUCUACUUCUACGCAUUCGAUUACGGCGGAGACUACAUAGCCGUCGGCAACGUGGGCAACCACGUCGGAGAUUGGGAGCACAACAUGAUCCGCUUCGAAGACAGCAAGCCCACGCAAAUCUACUACAGCCAGCAUUCCGGAGGUCAAGCUUUCGACUACUCGGCCACAGAGAAGUACGCAAGUACUGGCCGAGCAAUCACAUAUUCCGCCAACGGCACUCACGCCAACUAUGCCACCACAGGAACUCACGACCACACAAUCCCAGGCAUCAAUCUUCCCGCUGGACCCGUCGAAGACCAUUCCGACGCAGGACCAGUUUGGGACCCGACUCUUUCGGCAUAUUAUUACAGCUACACCCCCUCUUCCAACACUUUCACGCCGUAUAGCGAUAAUGCACCCGUGAACUGGCUCUAUUUCAAUGGUCAAUGGGGUGACGAUAGAUAUCCGGAGUCAGAUCCCAGACAGAAGUGUUUUUUGGAGAUUGAAGGUUUGUGUCAGUAUAGUUCUGGACCGAAUGGACCUCUGUUUAAAGAUCUUGAUAGGAAGAAUGUUUGUCCGGAUGGGAAGUCGUGUGAGGUUUUGCCUUUUUUGCUUCCUAGAGAGGAUGAUGGGGGGUUGAUGAGGUGAGUGAUAGAAGGGGACUGGCUCCUUUCGGAAGCUCCGUGGAUGCAGCUCUCGUGUCUUCCC